AAGAGUUUAAGUUAUUGAAAGAGAAAGGAAAUUGCUUUAAAAAAGUCAUGCACAUGCAAGGAGUGCUCGCUACUGUAUUUUUACGGCACCGCUAAUAUCUAAGACCAGAAGUUCUGCGAACCCAAAAUUUCUAUCCAGAUCAAGGUCAUAGAUAGUGUUAUCCAGUAGUCCAUCAAAAAAAAAAACCGAUAUAUGAAGACAGUUAUAUCCUCUUGGUUCAAUACUUUUUACGUAUAUUGGUCAGCGUUCCACUCCAAGACGUUUUGUUUUCGUGACUUCAGCUUCUCUUUUCAAGUUGUUUUGAUCUGAAUGACUGAAUAAGAAGUUGAGACUUGAUCCCAUUGGAAGCGACUUCUAAGUAAAGGCCUUCUCGUUUGGUUUUGGAAUACUCGGGUACAAGUUCUGCCAUCGAAAAAGGACAAUUGAUUGAUGAUAAUGCGUGCUUGAUGGCUAUAUAUAUUCCACUGUUUGGAUAAAUAGUUCCCAUGGCUUUAUUCUCCACGCUUUUGUUGUUGAUCACUUUGUCAGGAUGCUGCUUUGCUGACAAUAUUGAGAUCGAACGAGGUGUCAGCUUCCCUACGGACGACUUUCUUCUACCGACCUCUCUGUGCCCGAGUUUUAGGCCUCUGUGCAGCAAAUUCAACGCACAUCAGCUGGGAGGGUGCUGGUGCAACUGUCCGCAAGCGUCUUCUUUCUACGAACAUGAAUUUAAAUGCGUACUUGCCACAGCGGCUCGGCAAAAUGCAGGCUGCGAGUUAGGUUUCACGGAUGAAGCAGAUGAUAAUUCUCUGCCAUUUUUCCCUUCUGGUUCUGCUCUUGAAAACUUCAUUAGUGUUCCUGCAAACCAGAACUGCAGUUUCUAUUUUGGAAAUGAACUUCAUGUAAACUACCUCAGGUGUGACGGUACUUGGAAAUCGCAGAGUCUGUCUAACGUAAUUGAGGUGACAAGGGGAUGGUCAAUAAGUCAGCUGUCAAUAAAGCUUAAGCCCGGUUCAUCACUACCUACGUCUAUGGCUGGUCGCACAGUCAGGGUGGCAAUUCAAUGUGGCGCUCUCAACUCUGACACACCCUUCAGAACCACGUGCGUUAUGUUCAAGAUCAAAGGAGUUAUUUCAUGUGCUUACCCUCAACCCACUCCGGCACCGUCUCAGGAAAUUGCAACCCUACCGACACCAAUAACACGACAGAAAAAACCAACAACACCGACACCAACUGAGACGUCAAACCAGAUUGAGAGUAGCCCCAUUCAAUGCCAGAAAUCUGGGGAAAUUGAAAUCAGCAACCAAGUGUAUCUGGCAAACUGUUUCUUCUUCUGCUGCCGUGAAUGUAACAAGGCGUUCUACAACUGUGUUCGUACAGUUCCAAAAGACUACUGUUUGAAAGUAGCUUCUGACUGUGGUGGAAAAUGCGUCGUGGAUGGCCCCGUACAUUGGAAUAAAAUAUCAAACCGCUUUGAAAGUCAACCAAUGGGACAUAACAAUCUUAUAACCAAUGAGUGUCCCGGCUUUGAGCCGCUGUUCGGCCGGGAAGAAGCCAGCGCUCCUUACGUGGAAAUGGAGCCUACCCUAACAAAUUUUAUACACAAACAUGACUAA